AUGCAAUCCUGUUAAAUGCUUGAGUCAUAAAUUGGCCUCAUCUGUUCAAAUAAUCAUUAAGAUUAACCAGUUAUUUUUGUUCUCUUGGAUGAAGGAAUUUAGAGUUUUGAAAGAUUGAAGUGUCCUUAGUGCUUAAUAUCAAUUAGAGGAAAAAUUAAUGGUAUGUCAUAUUAAGAAGCUAUUACAAAAAUAUAGGAAUUAAAGGACUAAUUAUUCUAAGAAAACUCAACAUAUAUUAAUAGUAAACUUAAUUCAUUAAAGAACUUACAAGAUCAUUUAGAAAAUACAAAAUCAUUGGUAAUGUAAAAGUUUGAAUAAAUUAUUAAUCAUUUGGAUUUAUGGAAAAGAACAUUGCAUGAAUUAAACUAGAAGUUUUCUACUUACAGCCUUCUAGAAGAGAUUGAUAAAAUCAAUAUUCCUAAUUAAUAAUUAUUUUAAAAUGAAUAAAGAAAAUUUAAGGAAUAAAUUGGAGAAUUAGAUAAUACGUUUUAGAAAAAAGCCUAUUUCAAUUUAGAUACGCUAAGAAACUCAAUAAAUGAAGAAUAAAUUAAUAUACUGAUGAAUAACAUUAUUCAAAGAAAUGAAGAAAACUAAUUUGAAAAUUUAUAAUAAAGUAAUCAAUUGUUAAUUAAUUCAAAUUAAUAUUUAGAGAUAUCUGACUAAAAAAAAAUAAUAUUUCAGAAAGAUUCUAAUUAGCAUUCAGAAAUACAGGUAUCAAGCAUACAAUAGAGUAUAAUUCCUCAAGAAGAUACUAAUUAGAAAUCUGAUAUAUAAGAUUCUCUCUAGUUAUAAUAUAUAAAUACAAGUGAGAUUAAUGAGAAACCUGAAAAAAAAGCUUAUAAAUUAAUUAGUUCAGUAUAAUAAAAGGAAAUUUGUACAGGUCUUGCAAUCAAUAAAGAUGGCUCCUUAAUUGCUGCUUCAUGCAAUAAUGAUAUAAAAGUUUGGAAAUUUAAAGAUGGAAAUUUGAUUGAUUAAAAAAUACUACUAAAAGGACAUGAGGGCAUAGUAUUCUGUAUCAUUUUUAGUUAGAAAAUUGAUUGGUUUGUAUCAGGUGGAAUGGAUAAUUCACUAAGAUGUUGGAUAGAUAGAAAUAAAAAAUAUUGGUUUAGUUCUCAUAGUUGGGAGGGCUCCAAAGCAUAUACAUAGCAUACUAAUUCUAUCUUAUGUUUGCUUUUAAAUGAAGAGGAAGAUGAACUAAUAUCAUCAAGUAGUGAUCAUUCAAUAAAAAUUUGGAAUGUAAAAAGCAAAGAUAACUCUAUUGAGUAUAAGUAUUCUCUUAACAAACAUUCAAAUUAAGUUUUUUAGAUAUCCUUAAAUUCAACUAAUACUGAGAUGGUAUCCUGUAGCGAGGAUAGGAUUAUUAUAAUGUGGGGUAAAGAUGCAACCAACUAAUGGGAGUUCAAAUAUAUUAUUAAUAAAGAUGUGGAUGACUAUGGUCUUAGAAUUAAUUUUUGUUUUGAUGAUGCUAUUAUAUGGUGUUAAAAUUCAAAACCAAUUGCACAUGUUUUUAUAUUAGAAAAUGGAAUUUUCUAGCAUAAACCUCAUUUGAGUAUUAAAUUAAAGCCUUUAGCUGAUUAUGAUUAUGGAAGUGACUAUUGUUUCUUCCCUUCAAAAUAUAAUUCUAAAACACGAACCUUAAUUCUUAAAUAAAAUAAAUAUAUAUACAGAAUCAAAAAAUCGAUGAAUAAUUAAUUUUAUAUUGAUGGUGAUGGGAUUGUAAAUAGUGUUGCUAGCUGCUAUGGAACAAUUUAAGAUGAUCAGAACUAUAUAGUGAUUUGGAAUAAGGAGUUAUUAUAAAUGUAAGUUUAUGAAGCCUGCGAAAAAUGAA